UACAUGUUGUGGUUUCCUGUUGGUCGAUCUUCUCCUUCCUAAUUCAGAUACUUGUGAGUCUCGUUUUGUGUCUUUUCUUACACUUGCUGUAAUGGAGUUGUUCAUCAUCACUCUUCUGCAUCUUCUUAUGGAGGUUCAGUCAUAUACCUCUCUCUCAGCUCAGGAACAGGCUGUGGAGUCUGAGAACGUGACAGUGUUUGAGGGGGGAACGGCACAGAUCACGUGUCGUCUUCAGAACUAUGAUGGUUCAAUCGUGGUCAUUCAAAAUCCACGCAGGCAGACGCUGUUCUUCAAUGGAACGCGAGUGCUGAAAGACGACCGUUUUCAGAUGGUCCUUUUCUCGCGGCAGCUGGUGAGGAUUACGUUGACUAAUGUUGGUGUAUCUGAUGAGGGCGGCUAUUUCUGCCAGCUCUACACCGAUGGCACACACCACCAGGUGGCCACGCUGUCAGUGGUGGUGCCUCCAGAGAUCCCCACAGUGGAGGUGAAGACCGAGGCGGUGGAGGGCGGAGAGGUGGAACUCACAUGUGUUUCUCCACGGAGCAAACCGCCGGCCACGCUGCGUUGGGUUCGAGACCGCAGAGAGAUCCCGGGUGUGAUCUCUCAGCAGGAGAACGGAAAGAUUGUGAGUGUAUCCAACACUAUCCGUAUCCCUGUGGAGAGGAAAGAUAAUGGAGCGGCGCUGAGUUGCGAGGCGUCUCACCCGGCUCUCAGAGGACAGAAGCGAGUUCGUCACUACAGCCUGGAUGUUCACUUGUCUGUUUCACCCACCUCCCAUCCUGGCAUUGCUCAACCCACCCCUCCAUCCUUCAGGUUUCAAGGCAAGUGUCAAGGUAUUGUUUUGAAAUAGUGAAACCCAGAUAGCAAAAUUGCUGUGGCCCAGAUCUGGCUCCCAUCUGUCACUUUCAUCUGGCCCACCUUUGGCAUGGAAUGAUGGCACUUAAGCGGUCCUCCCCUGUUUUCCAGAUUUUCGGAAUGUUUAAAUGUUUUGUUUUUUCCGUACAUGUUAAAAUUAAUGUCUAAAUUUUCCAUUCUUAAUUGUGGUUGUCCAGUGUUUGUCACAAGAUGGUGCCAAACAGUAAUCUUUAUUGAUCUUUAUUGGCGUGGAGCGAUUUUAAUCUUACAAGUAGUACCGGCUAUGCGUUAUUACUUUGGAGCGGUUAUUAUUUGUUAUAGCCGUGUAAUAACAUUAGUUAAUGCUCUAGCUAACAUGACAAUAAAUAAUUCUUCCACAGCAUUUAUUCAUCUUAGUUCAUGUUGAUUUCUGCAAUAAUUAAUACAUUUUUACAAUAAAAAAGUUGUAAUUGUAAACAUUAGCUAAUGCACCAUGAACUAACAUUAACAAUUGUAUUGACCUUAACUAACAUUAACAAUAAUUAAGAAAUGCUGAUAAACUAUAUUGCUCAUUAUUCAGUCAUGUUAGGUUAUGUUAAAAAAAUCAAUCAUAUUGUAAAGUGUAACCAAACAUAAUUCUGCAUCAUGUGCAUCAAAUGUCUAACAUGCAAUAAAGACAAAUGUAAAAACAGAUAAUCCAAAAACAUUUAGGAAAAUAAUUCCUAAAUCCUUUAUUAAUAUUGCCCAUGUAGGGAACAUUGUAUGGUACAUACCAUAUCAAAAACUUG